ACCACACAAAAUAUCUUGUUGACUAGUUGUCAACUGUAACGUAUUCAAAUUCUCAUUUAAUUGUUCAUUUAAAAUAGUUUAUCUUUUCUAAUUUACCGAAUCAUUUCAAAACAUGUAAAACCCAUCUAUUUCAAUCAAUUAUAGUUUUAAUUUAUCUAUUUAAAUCUAAUUUUUUCAUUUUUUUUCCAUUUGGGCCUGUUCAGGAUUUUACAAUGCUCAGUGUUCUGUACUUCCUCUGUUGCAUAUAUCAUGUUCAUGGUCUAGUUCAACUAGGCAUCGAAUCACCCGUCCAAUCCCAAUCCCGAUCCCGAUCCCAAUCGCACCCGACACUGAAUGUGUGGCCAAAACCCACCAAGCUCGAGUGGGAUACACCGAAGGCGGCCUACCUUUCGAGUGAUUUUAGCAUCAAAGGACCCCAAAAACAUCGACACCUACUGACCGCCAUGGAGCGAUACAAGGGACUAAUCCUGACAGAACAUCACACACCACUGAUCAACCGAGAAGUAGUCUUGUCAACCUCAUGUUUACGGGUUUUAAAGAUCGAAGUAAGCGACCUCAGCGCAGGAUUGCAGCAUGGGGUGGAUGAGUCCUACAAUCUCACAAUCUAUGAUGCUAGUCAAACUGCUGUUUUGGCUGCUAAGACUGUGUGGGGCGCCAUGCGGGGCCUCGAAACGUUUUCUCAGCUGGUUUGGGUAGGAUUGGAAGGAGGUUUUAUACAUCAUAAAUUGUUGGUUCCUGUGGGUUUACACAUCUGGGAUUGCCCCAUAUUUGGACAUCGUGGGUUGAUGUUGGAUACUUCUAGAAACUUCUAUGGAGUUGAGGAUAUUCUAAGAACAAUUUCUGCUAUGAGUUGGAAUAAGCUUAAUGUGUUUCAUUGGCAUAUCACUGAUUCUCAUUCCUUUCCUAUUGUUUUGCCUUCUGAGCCCCAACUUGCUAUUAAAGGAUCUUAUGGUCCCUUUAUGCAGUAUACUCCUGCUGAUGUUGCCAGGAUAGUCCAAUUUGGUUUUGAUCAUGGCGUUCGUGUUAUUCCCGAGAUUGAUUCUCCAGCACAUACAGGGUCAUGGGCAGAGGCGCACCCAGAGAUAGUAACAUGCGCAGGAAAGUUCUGGUGGCCAGCAGGAUCGGCAUGGGCGGACAGGUUUGCAUCAGAACCCGGAAGUGGGCAGCUCAACCCUCUUCACCCCAAGACAUACCAAGUCAUGAAAACUGUGAUCAAGGAUAUAGUCUCUCUAUUCCCUGACCCAUACUAUCACAAUGGUGGAGACGAGGUCGUCCCUGGGUGUUGGACUGCAGACCCCGACAUUCGAGCAUUCGUAUCCAACACCAACAACAGUCUUUCUCAACUGCUUCAACUAUUCGUCAACUCCACUCUCCCCUACAUCGUCUCCCAGAAAAAAACCGCGAUUUACUGGGAAGACGUUCUCCUAGACCCCACCAUCCGAGUAGAGGACACAUCGAUUUUGCCCCCCGAUCACACCAUAUUACAGACUUGGAACGGUGGUCCUCGAAACACAAAACGCAUAGUAUCCUCCGGUUAUAGAGCAAUCGUUUCUUCUUCUGAUUACUACUACUUAGAUUGUGGGCAUGGUGCGUUCGUGGGGAAUAUGAGUCUGUAUGAUCAGCCACCAGGGACUGACCAGGGGAACGGAGGCUCGUGGUGUGGCCCGUUCAAGACGUGGCAGCUUAUAUAUAACUAUGACAUUACCUAUAAUCUUACUGCAGAGGAGAAAAGGUUGGUCUUGGGUGGAGAGGUAGCAUUGUGGUCUGAACAAGCUGACCCGACAGUUCUUGACUCGAGAUUGUGGCCUCGAGCUUCUGCAUUGGCGGAGUCUCUAUGGUCGGGUAAUAGGGAUGAGACGGGCAAGAAAAGGUAUGCCGAGGCCACAGAUCGGUUGAACGAGUGGAGGUAUAGGAUGGUGAAAAGAGGGGUCAUGGCUGAGCCUAUACAACCCCUUUGGUGCAUUUGGAAUCCUGGCAUGUGCAAUGCUGCUCAAUAAUACUGAACUAAGUUAGGCAAAUCUAUAGCUCUUGAAUUUAAAAGUCAAUCACUAUUUAAAUAAUAAAAUUUAUAUUUAUUUAGUUUUUUUUUUUUUAAUUUGGUAUCGGUAUAUAUCAAGUUUUAGUAUCAAGUUUGAUCGAUAUUAUCUGUCAUUACUUUUAAGCAAUAUUAAUUCUGUUGUGAUUAGUGUGACUUGAGUGCACAAUUGAAGUGUAUAUUCAUGUGUGUGACUCUUGG